GCCUCCCUCAUGAGUCAGGACAACGCCCUCUUCAGGCAGCUCCUCACGCUCCACGACUCCAUCUCUGCCCUCAAGAGUGCGCCCAUCCACGCCUUCAGGCCCCCCUCCCCGUCCUCCCUCGAUUCCUUUACCGAGGAGGAGGAGGAGGACGAGGAGGACGAGGAGCAGGAUGACGAGGACGAGGAAGAGAAAGAAGACAACGAAUCACAUGUACAGAUGUCGGGAGAGAAUCUACGACAACAGAAGACAUCGAAGGUGGAGGACCUGUCGGAGGUGGACGAGGGCCUUGAGACAGACCACUCCACCAGCCACUCCACUAGUCCCUCCUCCACACUCUCCUCCAAGUGCUCCUGGAACUCUAACUUCUCCUCUUCCUCUAAGGCCUCACCCACAAGCCCUGCAUCCAGCCCCACCCCGCCAGCCCGUGCACACCGCCAGGCCUUCCAGCGCGCCAUCAGCAGCCCUCUCGACGGCCAGGGGGACCGCGUCGGGCCGGGCAACAUGGCCUUCAUGAGGUCUCGCAAGUCCUAUGCACCUAAUGCCCGCAACCGCCGGCGCUCUUCCUCAGCCCACCUGGCGGCGCGGCCCGAGCUGGAGCUGGCGGGCAGUGCCACAGACCCCGAUCACUCCAAUGGGGAGACGGAGGUGGACGGGUGGGGACCAGACACCCCUGCCGGCCGUCCUCGCUCCAGCUCGGCCGUGCUGCCUCCGGGCGAGACCAACAGGACCAGGCCCCUGCCAUGCAUCCCCUACCGCGAGGCGCUCAUUAUGUGACGGUCCAGCUUCCCACACCAGGUCGCCUCCCACACAUCGUAAGGGGAAGCAGUGCAGCUCCAGUGCCUUCCAGCCCAGUGGAGCAGGUUCCCCUUGAGGCCAGCACACACGCCACCCCAGCCACACAGACUGAUGCUGAAUCGUUCACCAGCGUCACCAACAUCACCAGCAGCAAGUACAGCAUUACCACCAAUGAAGACUUCAACAUCAAUAUCGCCAUCAACAGCAACAACACAGGAUCAGCCUUCACCAGUGGGACAUCUCAGCGCUCCAUCAGCACCUCCUGCCUCUCCAAGAGCAGCUGCUACAUUUCCAGCACCACCCCUGAACCCAAUAUAACAAAGACAUUUGGAGGAAGCCUUGGUAGUUUCUCUCAGCAAGAUGGGACUCGAUUUACUCGCACUCGGGUGUCCAUCCCUCCCUCUGCAAGGAAUAGGGACCGCAGCGCCCGCCCAGAGUCCUUCAGGCUGUCUUCAGACAUGGCAAGUCACACACGAGUGCUCCUGAAGGCCAGGUCAUUUGGUGGUGCCUCCUUGAGAGAGUCCAUAACCAAUAAAUAUAAAAAAGGAAGGGACUAUUCAAGGUCAUCUUUGAGGGAGGACCAUUUAAGGAAUCACCAUCACAGUUCAGUGAGUAAAGUAGAAUUUCAGCAGACAGGGUUUGCCACUGCAUCUGGAGAACCCUCUGUCACUGUCACUAAUCCCAGCAGCCAGUGCAGCAAGACUGAGGUGGUACAUGAAAGCAGUAACUCAAUUAAAGAACAACUAGAAGGUGCAAAUUUUCAUCAGAAGCAGACAACAUCGAUUAAGGAGACCAGCAUUGUUAUCAUCAACACUGUAACAAGGCAGGAAGAGGUUUGCCAUGAAUCCAGCCAGGGACAUGAGGCCUAUGAGGACACAGCCUUCAAUGAUCAGGAAUCCAGAGACCCUGUUAGCAAUCAGUGGUCAGAACCUCCCAGGAAACCUUACAGUAGAGCCUCAUCUUUGUCUUCCUCUUUAGCUGUAGCUGAAAAUGAGUUGCUUCCUAAGUACAAGACCAGUGUCAUGAUCACAGACUCUGGAUCAGAUAGGGAUUUUUUGGACUGCUCCCGAGCACAGAUGGUGCGAGCUCGGUCCUUCACUGGGCUCAUGACACCCCGUGGAACUACAUCAUCAAGUCCUUCUCCCACAAGAGAAAUACUGGAAGGUAGUGGAGGCACUGCAUUUCUCAAAAUCCCACUUGGGGAGAACUGUGAGCGGCUGCAGCAGGUGACGCCCAUGAUUCGCAGAGCCAGAACCUCCCGGGAUGGGAAAACACUGCGUUUCUCAAGUGAUCUGGGGUUUGGUGCUCGACCAAAGUCCAAGCGAGAAGUGUUUGUGUGAUGGCAGAUACCUUCCACUCCAACAAUCUCUUUUCAGUUUUCACAUUCUGUUCUUCAUCUUAGUUUCUUGGUUAUGCCAGCUCUCGUAUAUGAUGUUGAGUUAACACAAAUGCAAUACUUUGAACACACAUCAAACAGACAUGCCCCACAAGACCCUGUGCUCGGCUCCCCUUGUUGAGUGAGCCAUGCUGCCAUGUGUCCUGAGAGUGGCGGGUGAGACUGUCCCAUUGCCUCGACCUGGAUAAAGGAGAAUAUUUAUCUACGGCUGUAUGGGAUCAGAGGCUUGGUCAGUUCUCCACCCAGUACUGUCCUUUAUAGCCUUCAGAGUGCCCUAUUACGUACUUACUUUUCCCCACAAAAUAUUUUAUCUUAUUUUGUAAAGGAUGCUUUAUUAACCUUAACUGCUGUGACCAUAACUACUCUAGUGACAGAUCUCACAGACACAACUUUUUUUAAGUGUUACUGUGUUUGCCGAAAAAACUCUGUGAAGGGCAACAGGUGUUUCAGCAGCACCCUUGUGUCGCCCUUCCCUAGUGAUAUUCAUUGCCUUAAGCUGCACAUACUCAUUCUUCUGUGUAUAUAACCCUCGUAUAUAAAUACAUGUUAUAUUCCUCUCAGCCCUAGCCAGCAGUGAUGAGGCAUUCUCUGUGCCUCAGUGAUGUAGGCUGCUUGGUAACCUACUGUACAUAAAACAAGCUUUAGUGUGGAAAUCCUCCUAGCUUAAGAACAGUGAAAACUCUUUUGUACAUAAAGUCCUGUAAUCAUAGUAUGGUAAUGUUUAAGGUUGUAUAUUGAGAAUAAUAAACAACAGAUUACUGAGUGUGA